GGUCAGUGGGCCAGCUCACCCCUGUUCAAGGCACCCCAGUGUGCUCCGCCCUUUGAGGCCAGACCAGGUGGCCAAGUGGGGGGUGCCCUAGGUCUUGGAUCAGAGCCGGGGAGGAUCCUCAGAGGACGAGGGGUCAUGCCAGCUGGUGGGAACGCUGGCUCGGAGUGCAGACUGCAGGGCGAGGAGUGCACGGCAGUAAGGUAGCAUUGUGUGCAUGGUCUCAGGGCCAGUGGCUGGCUGGUGAGGGGUCCAGGGCUCCACCCAGGCCUCUGCUUGAGGAGCUUCGCAGGGGCCGUGGGGCUGGAAGGCGGCUGGGGUGACGGGAGCGCCUUGCCAGCCCUUUUUCCGACAGCUGCUGCUACUUUCUUUGGACCUUUUGGUCACCUCGGCCUCUCCCCGGGACUGCGACCAACAUGCUGGAGCCCUGGCGAGCCGGGUCCCGUCGCUGGACACUGAGGACAGACCUGGCCCAGGGAAAGCUGGCCCGAGGGGUCUCCCUGCUGCUCCCACCCCAGCCCCAUGUGGCCGCCCCUACUUCUCUGCUCCGAGACGGCAUCACCUCUCUCAAGUCGUAUCCUCCAGCCUGUCCUCCAGAAACUGGGGAAGGCGGAUGAGACAAAGGAUGAGCAGUUUGAACAGUGCGUCCAGAAUUUCAACAAGCAGCUGACCGAGGGCACCCGGCUGCAGAAGGAUCUCCGGACCUACCUGGCCUCGGUCAAAGCCAUGCAUGAGGCCUCCAAGAAGCUGAACGAGUGUCUGCAGGAGGUGUACGAGCCUGACUGGCCUGGCAGGGAUGAAGCGAACAAGAUCGCUGAGAACAAUGACCUGCUCUGGGUGGAUUACCACCAGAAGCUGGUGGACCAGGCGCUGCUGACCAUGGACACGUACCUGGGCCAGUUCCCUGACAUCAAGUCACGCAUCGCCAAGCGUGGGCGGAAGCUGGUUGACUACGACAGUGCCCGGCACCAUUACGAGUCUCUCCAAACCGCCAAGAAGAAGGAUGAAGCCAAAAUUGCUAAGGCCGAGGAGGAGCUCGUCAAAGCCCAGAAGGUGUUUGAGGAGAUGAAUGUGGAUCUGCAGGAGGAGCUGCCGUCCCUGUGGAACAGCCGUGUGGGUUUCUAUGUCAACACAUUUCAGAGCAUCGCAGGCCUGGAGGAGAACUUCCACAAGGAGAUGAGUAAGCUCAACCAGAACCUCAACGAUGUGCUGGUCAGCCUGGAGAAGCAGCACGGGAGCAACACCUUCACGAUCAAGGCCCAGCCCAGUGACAACGCCCCUGCGAAAGGGAACAAGAGCCCCUCUCCUCCGCCUGAUGGCUCCCCUGCCGCCACCCCCGAGAUCAGAGUCAACCACGAGCCCGAGCCGGCUGCUGCGGCCACCCCCGGGGCCGCCCUCCCCAAAUCCCCGUCUCAGCUCCGGAAAGGCCCACCGGUCCCUCCGCCUCCCAAACACACCCCGUGCACGGAGGUCAAGCAGCAGCAGACCCUCAGCCUGUUUGAGGACACAACUGUCCCUGAGAUCAGCGUGACCACCCCCUCCCAGCCCACAGAGAGUCCAGCUGGCAGCCUGCCUUCCAGGGAGCCCAGCGCUGCCGAGGGCACCUUUGCCGUGGCCUGGCCCAGCCAGACGGCCGAGCCGGGGCCUGCCCAACCAGCAGAGGCCUCUGAGGUGACGUGUGGGACCCACCCUGCGGCUGGAGCCCAGGAGCCCGGGGAGACGGCAGCAAGUGAAGCAGCCUCCAGCUCUCUCCCCGCGCUGGUGGUGGAGACCUUCUCGGCAGCUGUGAACGGCACUGUGGAGGGCGGCAGCGGGGCAGGGCGCCUGGACCUGCCCCCGGGGUUCAUGUUCAAGGUGCAGGCCCAGCACGACUACACGGCCACUGACACGGACGAGCUGCAGCUCAAAGCUGGGGACGUGGUGCUGGUGAUCCCCUUCCAGAACCCAGAGGAGCAGGAUGAAGGCUGGCUCAUGGGUGUGAAGGAGAGCGACUGGAAUCUGCACAAGGAACUGGAGAAGUGCCGGGGCGUCUUCCCCGAGAACUUCACCGCGAGGGUGCAGUGAGAGCAGAGCGGCUGGUGGUGCUGCGGAUGCGUGAACAGCAGCACCUUUUCCCGAAAAAUGUGUGUUUCUUUUUUUUUUUUUCCGUUUUUGUUUUUAAACUUUUGAAAAGCAAAGGGAAAUUGAGGGGAGAGACCUAAGCCAGGAGGUGUCUUCCCAAAGAUGAGGUGGUUUUCCAAAGAGCCUGGUUUCGGCGAGUCCGGCGGAAUCGCCAGUGUUCCUGAAGCUGCUGUAUCCCCUAGUUGAGUUCCCGGCCGCCUCCCCCGCCCGCGCCCGCUGGGUGGCGCCACUGCCGCCGCCUGGGUGCCCGGCCGCGGGGCGGGUCCUGGGGGCCGCCGCGCACCGCGCUUGCCUGAAGCUUGGGCCGGCCGCCCGGGCCGGGGCCCUCCUUUCCUGGCAGCUGCCGCGGGUGGCGUCCAGCGUCCCCUGAGACCUCGGGCCCAGACACCAGCCUGGCCUGGCCCUGCCCCGCAGACGUCUGUGUGCUGUUUGAAAAUAAAUCUUAGUGUUCAAAACAAAAUGAAACAAACAAAAAUGACAAAAGUA